AUGUCGUCGUUCUCGGACUCCAACCUGGUCAAGAAGUUUGCCGAACUCAACAACACUCAGCAGAGCAUCCAGACGUUGUCCUUGUGGUUGAUUCAUCACAGGAAACAUUCGAAAACAAUUGUGCAGAUAUGGUAUAGGGAACUAGAGAAAGCAAAGCCAAGCAAGCGUUUGACUUUUGUUUACUUGGCCAAUGAUGUCAUUCAGAACAGUAAAAAGAAGGGACCAGAAUUCAGCAAGGAUUUCUCCCACAUUUUAGCAGAUGCAUUCACACAAGCUUCAAAAGAUGCAGAUGAGAAGAUGAAAGCUUCUCUCUUGAGGGUCACAGAUAUCUGGAAGGAAAGGGGAGUCUACGACAAGGCAUUUAUCAAACGUUUGAAAAUGUGUGUUGGUUCUGAUUCAGCAUCAUCGACGCCACAGCAAAGACUGAAGCCACCGAAACCACCAAAGCCACCAAAAGCAAUAGCAAAAGUUGUGAAACCAGAACCAGUUGUUCAGAAAGCAGAACCAAAGAAAGUAAAGAAGAAUGAGGAGUUCUCUUUGAGGCAGGAAAUAGAAGCAAUGGGUGUUCAGCUGCCACAGAAUGUUGAUGCUGAGGAGCUAGUACAGAGGUUAUCCGACCUUGAAAACUCUGCGUCGUGUGAUGCCUCGGUGAGAGAACGGAUCGCUGCCCUACCACCAGAGGUCUCCGAUAUCAGCCAUCUUGAUAAAGUACAAGAUCGAGACUCUGCUAACAAACUUUCCGAAAAGGUCGAUGAGGCAGCACUCUUGCUGAACGAGUACAAUCGGCGAUUGGUCGCAGAGCUGGAGGAAAGAAAAAAGGUGGCCCGGAUGCUCCGUUCAUUUAUUCUGGGUCAACAGUCGCAGGCCAAAGUUGCUGAAAAAAACUUACAGGAUUAUAAAGACAAGCUUACCAGAGUGACCAGCGUCCGGCAUGAGUUGAUGUCUCACAUCCAGAAUCUCCCAGAUCUCACGCUUUUACCAGAUGUUACUGGUGGAUUAGCUCCCUUGCCAUCAGCAGGAGAUCUGUUCUCCCUCGGCAACUGA